AUGUCACGUACUCAACAAAAACUUUGGUUACAAAGGCAAUAUUAUCAGGAAGAUAAUGAAAAUUGUUUGAAACACCCUAAAAAUCAAGCAAGAUUAACCAAAGUGACAGAAAGAAUUAAUAGGGAACAUGGAGCUAUUACAUUGUAUAGGGAUCCAAUGGUUGAAAGUUUACAUAGAGUUUUUAACAGAUAUGCUCAAGAACAUCCAGAAGUUCUAGAGGAUGAUUUUGGAGUGGGAUAUGAAGAUGCAAAAGAAUGGCAUUUGGUUUCUGAUGGUAGGAAAAAAUUGGAUAAUUCUGCACAUUCUAUUUUAAUACCACAAUGGGUAUUGGAACAUCGUAAAAAACAAAACAUCAAAGAUGAGCUAUCAAGAAAACAACGAUUGAAUGAACGACUGAAAAAGAUCCGAGAAAAAGAAAAGCUUGAAAGAGAGAAAAGUCAAUCACAAAGAAGCCGUCAUGCUAGAAAACGAUUGAAACCAAUUAAAGGAUCAGAGGAUAAAAAUUAUAAAAAUUUGAAUGUUAAUAACACUAACAAAGAUAUUGGUGAUGAUGAUCCCGGAUUAAAUGUAUUUCUGGUUGAAGAUUAUGAUAGUGAUGAGGAUACUGAAAAUCAUAGUAACGAUAUUAAUGACAUUAAUGAUGGCAUUGUUACUGUCGUCGAAGAUAAUUUAUCUGAGGAUGUUUCAAGAAGGCAAAGAUGUUGA